AUGGCUCUGUCUGGUUCGCGCCGCCUGGUCCACGGCGUGAUGACGAUGUUUGCCCCUGGCGGAGAUGUGAGCCGCCCCACCUGUCUGCGUGGGCGUAGCACAUGUGUGAGUGGCACCUGCUGGACUAUGUCCUCGUCCGGAGGCGAGACCAGCGGGAAGUGCUGAUGAUAAAGACGAUCCCGGGUGCUGACGGGUGGAGCGACCAUCCCCUCGUCAUCUCGGAGUUGCGGAUUCGCCUACAGCCUCGCAGGAGACCAGAAGGGAAGCCACCCAGAGGUGAGCUGAAUAUUUCUUUGUUGUCUUUGCCUGCUCAGCUCCAUUUAAGCAACGAGCUAGCUCAACGGUUAGACAACCUUCCAGUAGCUGCUGCUGCCGCCGCCGCUGACGAGAACGCCUCCGUGAAGAACUGAUGGCGUCAACUGAGGGACGAAUUCCAGUCGACGGCCCUAAACGUUCUCGGUCGCGCACGCCGCCAACACCAGAACUGGUUCGAUGACAUCGACGCCGCCAUCGGCAAACUGCUCGCCGAGGACAACAGCCUGCACAAAGCCUGCGUCAACCACCCCGCCGACGGCAACAAAAAGGCCUUCUACCGUAAUCGCCGCCUUGCGCAGCAGCGGCUGCGCGAGAUGCAAGACGCUUGGACGGUUCGCAAGGCAGAGGAAAUCCAAGGGUACGCGGGUCACAACGAAUGGAAGAACUUCUUCUUAGCGAUCAAAGUCGUCCACAGUCUGCAGGCAAAGGCACUGCAACUCUUCCCAGGGCCGACGGCAGUACCAUCCUCAAUGAGAAUACACAAAUUCUACAGCGAUGGGCAGAGGACUUCAGAGGCAUCCUCAACCGCUCCUCCACUAUCUCCGACGCCGCCAUCGCCCGUCUGUCGUAA